GCCUUUAACAAUGUAUAUUUAAAGCCUUGGCAUUUGAACCUUGCUUUCACCAUUUCUCAAUCGUUUGAAUUCGUUCUUUUCUCAUCGUCGUUCCUUUCUUGGCUCCAGCCGGUGCUGGUUUAUCGGCUGCUUCUGUGUUGUUACUAUUUACGUUCCUUCUCUUCUCAACGCUCGUUACCAUGGCGCGAUUCUCCGUAGCAGCCGUCUUGUUUUUUCAAUGCGCCAGCGCAGCCUUCCAUUCUGUCAAAGGCCGGCCCAGCUUCAGGCAGUCUGCUACUCGGACCAACCAGAUUGCAACCACGGCCAAGUCGACCGCGGUUGCUUCGGCGACGCUGGAUCCCAAUGUGAUGAACUGCUUUGUCAAGCUGCCAGACAACCCGCUUUCGGCUACUGGACUGGCGACACCAAUCGAGCUGCAGGCGCCUUGCUCGAUGAACGUGUCCACUCAGCAAGCGUUUGCUGAAGCUGCCGUGUUUGAUCCCACCACUCAUUCCGUCUCAAUCUAUCACCCUCUGGUCAUCAACGCCGGGGACACUCCUCCAACACCUCCCGUCGUUCCAAACCUUCCAAACGGUGCCAUCGUGGCUAUGUGGUUUGGUUUUAACGGCGGUGUCCUUCAGCUCCUUGAUCAGAACGGCUUGAAUACCAACGAGUCUCCAGCACUCAGGGCGAUUGAUUGUGUCAAUGGCCUCCCUGGAGUUAACAACGACGUAUUCGGCCAAGUCAGCUGGUGCAACACGCAGCCAUUCUUCGCCGCAGCCAACGCGAGUAUCGCGUCCGGCCAGCUCACCAUUCCUGACCUGGGCGUCGACAAGAACGGCAAUCCCUGUCCCACGAGUCGAUCGUUCGAGAUUGUCGAUGCUUGUCCCUCGGACAACGUCCCAACCCAGUACCUACUCCUCCCCGACGGCACCACUGUACAGGACACCGCGGCCAACCGAGCGAAGUAUCCCGAUGCUAUAGUGAUCAACAACGCAUCCGAUGAAGCACUUCUUGCAAACAUUGUUGAUCCUGUCAUCGGCUGCCAGCCCUUCUUGAACCCAAGUUUGGACGAUCCUGGCACCAUGGUUCCCUCACUUGCCGGCGACGAACUGCAGGCGUCUGUCAAGCAGCUCGCACCUGUUGCCCGCGUGCCGCUCAACGACCCUGAUUGCCUUCUUACGUCGAAUGGUGAUAUCAGCCCAAGCAAGACAAACGCCUAUCGACUUGGCGUGAAUCAAGGCCUGCUGGGCAACGGUCCAAACACGGACAACGGCUCUCUUGUUCCGUACUGCGACGGGAUGAUCUCGAUUGCGCCGCCCUUCUUCCAGGGCUUUCAGACCCUUUUCUCGGGCCAGCCAAGCCCGGAUGUGACGGUGGGCAACAAUCUGUUCACAUUCCUGUGCGAACGGUACUUGAUGAGCUUGAUGCAACUCAAGUGUCCAACAGCGGUCAAGCAGCCAGUGACGUGCGCAACGGACUCGACAGGAGCAGCUACGUCGUGCGCCAUCAACCUGGGAGCGUCCACGGCUACGGCGUCGUCGGCAGUUGUAGCGACCGCGACAAUGAAAACCACGGCUCUGACGAGAUCGGCAACGACGAUGAGGAAGUUGCCUCAUACAAGACCGGCAACCACGCGGGGAAAAGUUGAUCAGACUGGGUCGGCUGUGCCGGUAAAAGAGAUCUCUCAGGCUGCAUCGACAACGACGACGAGAAGUCCAGUUCAGACGGACGCGACGUCAGAGUUUCUGCCAAGUGGUCGUUGCACUUUUGAUAGCUCGACGUUUUAA